CCUCUUAUGUGCACUAUAUUCUCAUUUGCUUUUAAGACUAACUGCUAAUGUAAUGCUCUUAAACAUACAAUAACAAUGAAAGUUUCUGUUGGAGACGUUGUGUUACCGGGAGAUUACUGUGAAGAAAUUUCUGCAGCGGGAGAAAAAUCAAAAGUUAUUGUAGGACCGGGUUUACGGAAAGAAAGUAACCAUGUUUAUGUGACAAAAGCAGGAGUAUUGAAGAAAAAGAAUCCAAACACAUACUGGGUAGAUUACUAUCAAAAAAGGUAUAUACCAGCACGAGGUGAAAAUGUUAUAGGAAUCGUAAUACAAAAAGCUGGUGAUAUAUACAGAGUGGAUCUUGGUAGUAGCAUGUCCGCAGCUUUAUCGUAUCUUUCCUUCGAAGGAGCGACAAAGAAAAACAGACCAAAUGUUCAAAUAGGAGAUGUUGUAUACGCAAAAACUCUCGUUGGUAGUAAGGAUAUGGAACCAGAAUUGGUUUGCGUUGAUUCCUAUGGUAAGAAAGGUCGUCUGGGAGUUUUAACUGACGGAUUCUUAUUUAAGUGUUCAAUAAAUUUAAUUAGAAAGAUUUUGAACCCAAGCUGUCCAUUAUUGGAUUGUUUGAAGAAUGAAUGGCCAUUUGAACUUGCGGCAGGAAUGAAUGGAAGAAUUUGGAUAAAAGCAAAAACAAUGAGAGAGACCAUCGCUUUAGGAAAUGCCAUUUUGGGAGCAGAGUAUUUAAGUGAUGAAGAAAUAAAGGCAAUGUGUGCAAAUAUAACUACCAUAUUAGCAGGACAUGUAGCAUAAUUUAUAGUAAUUAAAAAUAUUUUAUAUUAAACACAAUAUUUUUUCUUCAUGUUUCAUAAACAUGAUUAAGGUGUUGAGCAAAUCAAUCCAAACUUCAAAAUAUGCCCAAGUUUUUACCCAACUGACCCAGACUAGUAAUGUGUUUCAUGAUGGCCUAGAGCCUAAAUAAAUGAACUAUUUUGAUGCAUGACUUUCAUGAGAUUUAUUCCCUCUGGAGUGUCAUAAGAAACUAAAAUACCUGAUUGUAUCUUAAGUAACAAAUUGUU